CGCGUUGAGCCCAGGGACGCCAGCUGCGCCUGACAACUACCGGCAUUUCAACCGGAGACGCGAAGGCCGUCAUUCCAGGCGGCCGGACUCCGCCUCUCGCAAUGCUGCGGUGGCUUAUAGGAGGGGGCCGCGAGCCGCAAGGGUUGGCCGAGAAAUCUAUACAGACUAUUGGUGAAGAACAAGCUCAGAAUCCAUAUACUGAGCUUCUUGUGCUGAAAGGUCACCAUGAUAUAGUGCGUUUUCUAGUGGCAAUUGAUGACUACAGGUUUGCAUCUGCUGGUGAUGAUGGAAUUGUAUGUCUCUGGAAUAUCCAGACUGGAGAAAAGUUAUUUGAGCUACAUGCACAUACACAAAAAAUCACAGCUCUUGCAGCUUUUCCUUUGACAGAUACCUGUGAAGAAAAAUGCCAUAUGAUUUUGACAGCAGGUGCUGACAGAACUGUAGUUGUUUGGGAUUGUGAUAAUGGCAAACAAAUCCACAGAGUAUCCUGUUUUCAUUCCACCGUAAAGUGUUUGACUGUUCUUCAAAGAAUGGAUGUAUGGCUUUCUGGAGGAAGUGAUUUGUGUGUUUGGAACCAAAAAUUAGAUCUCUUAUGUAAGACAAGUCAUCUAACUGAUGCAGAUAUCAGUGCUGUGAUUGAAUUGCCGAAAAAUUGUGUGGCAGCAGCUGUUGGCAAAGAAUUGAUAAUUCUAAAACUGAAAACUUCCAGAGAUGGAACCGAAUGGGAUGUGUCUGAAAUAAAACGACUUAUUGAUCACCAAGAUAAUAUUGUAUCAUUGAUCAGUGUCAGUGAUUUGAUUUUUGCAACUGGCUCCCAUGCUGGUGAAAUGAUUGUGUGGAAUUCAUUGGACUGGACAAUGCGAGGUUAUGAAUGCAAUUGGGAUGCAUCUCUACAUGUGAACCCCCAACAAGAAAUAAAAUUAUCACAAAGUCAAAAUGAAAUGUCAAUUCAGGAUUUAACUUCUGAUGAUGAGUUUAUUUUUGCUGCUGUUGGCAAAGGCAUCUAUGUAUAUAACCUUCAGAUGAAGCGUGUGAUUGCCUUCCAGAAGACUGCUCAUGAUUCCAAUAUCCUGCAUAUUACCAAUGUUCCCAACAGAAAAUUAAUAUCUUGUUCAGAAGAUGGUAGUGUUCGUAUGUGGGAAUUACAUGAAAAGCAACAUCUUACAGCUGAACCUGUUCCAUCAGGUUUUUUCAAUAUCUGGGGAUUUGGCAGGACAAGCAAACAAGCAAAUCACACAGCUAAAAAGGCACCAGAGUGUGCUACUAUUUUUUCCCUUGACCUAACUGGGGAUCUGAUUGGACACUCGGCAGCUGUACAGAUGUUCCUUUAUUUUGGUGAGCAUGGCAUAGCAACAUGCUCUGCUGAUCACCUUAUUAUUCUAUGGAAAGAUGGAGAACAAGAGUCAAGACUGCGCAGCUUAAUAUUAUUUCAUAAGUUGGAACAAAUUGAAGAUUUGCGCUUAAGGUCUGAGAUGAAAUAAUGUAUAAACUACAAAUAGGCUAUUUAUAUUAAAUAUUUAAAAUAAAUGGGUAUAAUUUUAUGUUUGUUUUAAAAAAUAUAUUUAAGGGGUGUUUUUUCUUACUGAAUUUGCCAUAAAUUUAGAUAAUUGGGCAUUGGUGCUUACCUAACACGUCCUUUCUCAGGACGGUGGAGACAGCAGCCAUGCAUGGGUUAACUCCAUCAGUAUCCAAUAGGACUGAGUGUACAAAAUGUGACAUCAUAGCUCCCGAGGUAGCUCCUCCCGCUUUUGACGAAGAUGAGUAGAAUGAGUGUUGGUGCUUACAUGAUACGCCCUUUCUCAGGACGGUGGAGACAGCAGCCGUCCCCACCCUGAUGCUUCGUGUGGACCUAGCCUCAAUAUAUAGUCAAUAGGAGAGAGGACACUCUAUCUAGAUCACAUACAACACAGCAGUCUACUACUCAACUUCAUCAAAAGUGGGACGAAUGUGGGGUCCAGCUGGAGAACGAAUGUAUCUGACUGAAACACACAGAUUGUCUCUGAUAGAAAGGAUCGCCAAUUCCGAGAUUCGCCUCGCUAAGGUGACCAUGACUAGAAAGGUCACCUUCAGUGGGAGAUGUAGCAAAAUUGACCUCAAGGGUUCGAAUCGAGGUUUGGUGAGAAAGUCAAGGACCCUAGCAAAAUCGCACGUAGGGAAUCUAUGUGUAACAGGAGGGCUGAAGUUGGUCUCGCCCUUGUACAUGUGGGUGCAAGGAUAGUGGUUAGGAAGGACGGAGGGUGAGGACUGAAGAGAGGGCCACUAUGUGGCAUCUGAGCGUGUUUGGUGAAAGUCCCUUAUCUUGUCCAAAUUGUAAGAAUUUGAGGAUGUUGGCGAUGGAAGCCCUGAGAGGAAUAAUGUCCCUUUGAUUGUACCAGGUUUAAAGGUCAACCAAGUGGCAUCAUAAAUCUUAUUAAUGGAGGGGCAUCGAGAUGCCUGGAUUGUCUGAAUAACCUUAUCAGAUAGGCUUGCAGCUCUUAAGGCCACCCGCUCAAUCUCCAGGCGGUUAGUCGCAACCAUUGAAGGUUGGGAUGGUGGAUUGACCCCUGAUGGAGAAGUGAUUUUGACAAUGGGAGUCGCCACGAUGGGCCCACUGAUAAGUUCACCAAGUCUGUGAACCAAGGCCGGCGCGUCCAGUGGGGGACAAGGAGUAGAAGUUCCGCCUCCUCCUCUAGCAUCUUGCGUAUGACCCUCUGGAUCAGUGGGAAGGGAGGGAAGGCGUAUAGGAGCCCAGGGCGCCAUCUGCACCACUGUGCAUCUGUUCCUUCUGACCCUGGUGUCGCUUAACACAUGCAAUACCUCAACGGUUAUUGAACUAUGUGGUGAAGAGGUCUAGUACUGGAACUCUGUACCUUCUGGUCAGCUGCGUGAAGAUGCGACUGUUCAGGCUCCACUCCGCAGGAUCGAUCAGCGUGCGACUCAGCCAGUCCGCCCGUGUGUUCCCUGUGCCUGAAAUAUGCUCUGCACGAACGGAGAGUAGGUUGGUCUCUGCCCAAAGUCUCAUGCGAAAGGCUGACUCAAUGAGCAAGACAGCCCUUGGCGAUUGACAUGCGCUUUCGCAGUUGUAUUGACCGUUAGAAUCAAAACGUGGAUGUUGCGCACUGAAAGUGAAGAAGGGCGAGAUGGAUGGCCCUCAACUCCAGCCAAUUUAUGCUGUGAGUUUGGUCGGUGUGGGACCACAGACCCUGGGCCACCUGAGAGUUCAGGUGAGCACCCCACCUGCUCAGGCUAGCAUUGGUCAUGAACGUGAGAUGCUGGGGUUCCCUGAAGAGAGACCCCUGGGCAAUGGUCGGGAGCACCCAGCACUCCAGUGGUUUGACCAUUUCUGGAGUCAUUCUUACUUUUACAGAGGAGCAGCUGCUUUGUCUUUUGAUAGCUUUUUUAGAAGGUACCUCGAGCACCUUGAACAGCUCUGGUCUGACAUUGUAGAGACGUUUGUCCAGGGUGUUUGGGAGAGGGCCUGUACCUGGGGAUACCCACUGAUUCUGGACCACAUCAAGGAAUAGCCUGGGUGAAGGUAUCAUGUCCUUCUCCACCUUGGAGAAGAGGGGGUCUGUGGUGUCAGUCUUGUUAGGAUCAGCUCCCUGGGAUGACUUAGGAGCAGGAAUACCAGGUAUCUUCUUAGCCUUAAAGAGAAGAGAGUGAAAAAUAAGCAGGUUACGGAGGCCCACAAAAGUAGGUGAGUCUGCCACCAACAAAUCCGAGUCCCUAGUUGGACAUUCCUCCUCUCCAAAGACUAAUGGCUGGGUAGACAAGCCAGGAAUCUCACACGACAAAGAGGCGGAACUGUCUCUGCCCCUGCAAUGCUUGCUGGAACCGGAGGAAGUCCUGUGUAGAGUAGAAUGGGAAGAAGAUUUAUGCUGGAGGCCUGCUGCAAUGCCUCUUUCGAUGGCAUCUGAUAUGAUGGUUGCCAUAUCGGGGGUAUAUGAGUGAGACUGGAAUGGAGGGCUCCCAGAAUCUUGGGAUAAGAGGUCUGGUUCCGGAGUAGGGCUCUGAUCCUCCCCAGACCCAUCCUCACUGAUUUUAAAUUCCACUAGGCCCCUAGCGACCUCCGGGUGAAGAGGAAAAGCAGGAGGGGAAAAGGCCUCAUCAGAAUCUGAAGAUAAGAUGACUGGGGGACUAGCCUCAAGCACCCUUUGGGACUGGAAAGUAUGAAGGGAAACUCUGUUCUUUGAUUUGUCCUUUGAUUUGUCCUUGGCCGCCUUUGAGCGGCCCUGGCCUUACGGAAAGAAGCCAGCUUGGAUACCUUAGCUGGAUGCCCAGUGGAAGAGGGAUCAGGAGCUGCCCGUUUCUUUGAAGCCCUGGUCCCAGAUGGGCCUGCUGUGGGGUUUGGAGAUCUAACUGAGACUGAGGGCACUGGGGGUUCCUGGCCAGGAAGAGAAGCCAUGGCCUUUACUCACGUCACCUCCAGGCUCCCAAAAUGGCCACCGCAACCUUUCUCGCUCAAAGAAAAUGGCCGCUGAGGCAACCCAAGCCUCGUAGAGCUAGGAGGAGCGGCAGGGACCAAACGGCCAUUGGUGGCAAGUGGCAGCAUUGGUGGUAGCUCUGGCAGCGGCCCCUGACACCAAGGGUUACGUUGCAGAAGCCGCUGGCGGCGUCCCACAAUGAGGGAGAUACCACUGGUCUCUGCAGCGGUGGGCAGCAGGGAGAUCAAAGCCACAGCCACGGCAGUUGCGCUAGUGGGAAAGCGACUGUGGCUUAAAGGGCCGUUGCCUGUAGCUGAGCUUCAAUCAGCGUCGUGUGGCAGCGGAGCCUUUUAAGGCUACUGCGAUGGAAUUGAGGUGACGGAAAAGGUGAUCCAAUCCUAGGCAAGGCAGCAGAGUUACCUCAUGGGCCUGCCAGCAGCUAGGGUUGCUGCGGAGCACUGGUGCCCUGCUUGCCACCUGCAGGAGCACAAUUACCUUGCCACUAGGUCCUCCUGCCUUGCAAAGUCCAAUAGAGGCAGGGAGAAAUUUUAGUUGAAGGUUUUAGUCUGAAUUGAGAAGUUUAAAACUAUUUAAUUGUCCAAAAUUGGAGGAGAGAGCAAGAAGUACAGCCAGCCCAAGAUUGACUGAGUCUCAAAAGUGGGAGGAGCUACCUCAGGAGCUAUGACGUCACAUUUUGUAGACUUAGUCCUAUUGGAUACUUACGGAGUUAAUCCAUGCAUGGCUGCUGUCUCCACCAACUUUGGAGAAGAGGAUCCAGCAUUGUUAGUUUCUACACAGAAACUGAAUUUUGGUAAACAGACCAUUCUGUUCAGCCAUGACUUAAUCAGGGACAUUGCCAAAUUUUGGAUUUUUCACUCAAUAAAUGCACCAAGGUUCUUAUGGUGCCUUCAAACAGUUCUUCACAUUUCCCUAAGGGCAGGUGAAACAAACACAAAUCUACAGCCCUUUGCCAGAUCCCAGGAAAAGCAAAAUUUCAUUUAAGGAACAACAGGCAGCUGGUGUAUGAGUAUCCUUACAUAUCCCAAAGCACCCUUUUGACUGAAUCCAGAUUGCUGUACAGCCCUAUUAAACAUAAGAUAUUAGAAUGGCAUAUUUUCUUGCCAAGAAAUAGCAUUUGAUGAUAGAUAAUAGAAGCAAUCAAUUGGAAUUUCAUUUUGAAGAUCUUGCUUUGCUCUAAUUUAACAUACAACAUAAUAAAUACACUUACUAUGGUUUUAUGCCAAAUGUUGAGGUUUCUGUGAUAACUUAUAUUUAUGAGUUUGAAGAAUCCUCUCGGUCAGGAAGUAACAGUUUAGAAUCUAUGGAUUGUCAAGCUAUUCUUUCCCCAUAUACUAUCAGGGGUUAAACUGAAUGUUGGGGCAGAUUUCUAAAGAGAAUUGAGCUUUAGAAAUAUGUUGCAGAUUUGUAGAAAAUAAAUCUUUUAGGCAAAGAAUUUCACUGAAUGAUUUGCCAGCUCAAAUAUUUUGACAAAACAGUGUAAUCUAUAUUUGUUCUUCAAAAUCUACAUUAUAUAGAACAGUUUGUGAACAAAAAAGUUAUUGUGCAAAUCGAUAGCAAUCUGCUGAAACAUACAGGUUCAAAGCCAAUUCUUAUGAGGAAUUCUGCACGUCAAAAUUCUUUGUUAACACCUGCAAGUAACACAGAAGUGGAGAAUUUUUGAAAGUUGAGGCUUUUGUUAUAUGAGGCAUAUUUUACAGUAUUGUUGUCUUCAUUGCUUAUUAUGUUGUGAUUGAUAAACUGAAUAGUGUACAUGAAGAAGAAUAAAAUUUGGGAAUGUAUAUAAAGAUUUGAACUUUUAUUUCAUAAGCAAGAGCAGCUAUUGAGCAGGGUUAAUACAGAACACUCCCAGUGAAAGCAAAACGUGAUCUUCUAUUCCCCCCCCCCCCUUCUCCCCAACACAUACACACACCCUUGGAGAAAAAGGGCCUUUAUUACUUCCAACAUAUUUCACUGUUUUGGACAACAUCCCCUGCCAAUUUUUUUCUGAAGCAAUUGGAAAAUGGAAGGUUCUCCUCUGGGAUCAAAUCCAUUCCAAAUAAAAAUGGCAACUAAGGCAAUAUGAAAAAAAAUAAUUAAAAUUCAGUUUUAUAUAUAGGCUUCGAUAGAAAUAAAUAGCAAUGACGAAUUAAACAGAAAAUACAAAGUUUUUAAACACAAUAUAGCAUUUUAAUACAUAGCAACCAGAGUUAGAUUCUAUUACAUUUUUAACAAAAAUAUAGCUUUUGUUCAUUUCUCAGCAUGGGAAUUAUGAGAGUAUAAUACAAUUUUACAUAACUUGAUACAAAACAUUGAAAAAUGUUGGCACAUUCUUUAAGCUACAAUCAUUGUCAUUUUUCAGUUCACCUGUUUUAUUUUCUCUGACUAUACAGAAGAGAAUCAGAUUUCUUUUUGAUGGGCAGUAUACUACUCUACUUUAAAUGUCAAUUUUUCUACAGCUUCCUAUAAAGCACAAUAUAAAUAAUUAGUGAAAUAGAAUAUUUGAGUAAUGACCUAGUAAGUGAAGAUUGUCUAAGCUCAUGAGCUUAUUUAAAGAAUGCUUCCAUUUUAAUGAAAACUAGAAGUCAGGGUAAUUUUAAAAAACUCAAUUUGUUAGGAAUAACUCCUGUGUGAUCUCAAUUUAAAUCAAUGGCAGUUGUGUAAAAGCAUAGGUUUCAUUCAUUGUCCAGUGCAAGGCCCCAUCACACUUUUCCACUAUGUUUAAAGUAAAUGUAAAAAUAUUUGUGCUUUGGCACCUAAUGUAAAAACUUCAUACUUGAAUGAGAAAGUUACAUUCAGUACAUGAACCACAUCAUUAGGGUUAUAUUAUUUUAGUUUUUUAAGUAAAGGGUUUUAAUAUUAGGGGUUUCAGCAUUCAGCAUAUAAGUGGCUUAUGUUCUUAACACUAAAGUCUUUAGAGUAAUUGCUAUGGCUGCAAUCCAGGACAUCAAGGCACUGGGGUUUCCUACCCCUCAUAGAGGGAUGAGCAUCCAUUUCCCUUCUCUAAGAAAGAGGGUUGGAGGCCUUUGUAUAGGUGUCAAUUCUGGAGAUUUUCUAUUAAUAAGUCUCAUAUAUUACAUAAUAUAUAAGCAGGAUUUGUUUUAUUUACGGCUCAUGUAUAUAAAGCAUCUGUCACUUUCUGCUCAUAGGAUCUGUACCAGCAAUUCCUCUUCUAAGCAUGUAGAUGAAAUCUGGAACUGUACAACAUCAUAGAGCAUGACAUAUUGUGGCAGAUGCAAAGAAAUGUUUUAAGAUGGAGUGCUAGUUGUUCAUUUUACUACUUGUCUAGACUUUCAUAUAUGGCUGAUGUUACCUAUUAAAAGGCAGAGAAAACUA